ACCAAAUUGAAUCUUUAGAAAACGGUGGAAAAAAGGUUUCUACAAAUAUCAAUUAUGACGAGCUCUCUAUGAUGGUUCCGAAAUUUUCUGGGAAUGAUGGACGAAAUAUUGAAAAAUGGAUAAACUCUUUUGAAAGCUACACUAUAAAUAUGACUGACCAAGAAAAAUAUAUGUGCUUAAGAUAUUUGCUGGUUGGAACUGCGCGAGAGUUCAUGGAAAAUUCAAAUUACAAAGAAUAUAAGGAGUUGAAGAGAUCGCUCUUAGACAUUUUCAAGAGAACGGUAACGCAAGAAGAAGUUUAUCAAAAAUUGCGUUUGCGCAAGUUGAAGCCAACAGAGCCGUGUAUUGCCUAUAUAGUAGCAAUGCAAACUAUUGCAGCAGAAGGCGAAAUCAACGAGCAAGAACUGGUUGACAUUAUAAUAGACGGAAUGGAAGAUAAAACCAACAACAUAUCCAUUCUAUACGGAUCAAACUCAUUACAAGAAUUGAUGCAUGGAAUAGAUAGAUACGAGAAACGCAGGUCAAAAACAGUCAGUACUCAUAAAGAAGGCCGUGACAAUACUAAAGGCAUACGAUGUUUCAAUUGCUCUCAAUUUGGACAUAUGAAGAACACCUGCAAUAAGCCUCGACGUCCACCGGGAUCUUGUUUCCAUUGUUUCCAAAUGGGACAUUUUUACAAGGAUUGUCCUAAAAGGAUGAAUGUUACUGCUCCCAUAUUUUGUAGUAAUGAUAUUGUAGACACAACACAAAUGCCCAAUUAGUUUGGUUAAGAUGUCUUUAUUACCGACUGGUGUGAUACGUUCGAAGAAUUUAAUACCAACUUCGUAUGUUGGAGUUGGCAAUUCCCCUUUGAAAAUAUAUGGAAAUAUUUCUUGUUUAAUAAAAUUUAAAAAAUCGUCUAAACAAAUAGAAUUACUUGUUGUUCCGAACGAGAGCAUUCAUGUUCCAAUGAUUCUUGGACGGAACUUUAUGCAUGCAUUUAAUGUAAAAUUACUUCAAGUCAAGGAAACUACGAAUGAUAUAGAAGUAUUUGAAUCCACAAGAAAA